ACAAGGAUUGAUCUGUGAAGCGCACGCUUUGGCUUUUAAAACCUGGUCGUUGUUUGUAAGGGAAAGCCUGGAAGAGCUGAAAUGCCAGAGGGGUGGGGACUUGCAUUGCAAGCCAAGCUUCUUCUAUCGUGUCGAUUUGUAGCGCUGGAGAGAUGGAGAGCUCUCCUCCUUUGCAAAAAGAGAGCUUGCUUUUCUCUCCUGCCUGGCUAUGAAAGCUCUCCUUCUCCCUCUUCGCGUAGAGAGUUCUAGAGCUCCAAUUCGGUCACGGGAAAGAGGAGCAAAGAUCCAUGGAAGCUUGCGAGAAUGUGAGAGUGAGAGGGAAUCGUCGCGCAGGAGGAGGCAGUGGAUCAUUGCUCGCCACCUCUAGGUCUUGUCCCAACCUUGCUACGCUACAAUUCGACUCGUCCUGGAUUCAGGGGGAGCGCUCCUUGUUGUUUUCUUUCCAGGUCGAUCGACUAUGACCAGAGUACUAUAAGCAGCGCACGAAUCUCCAAUCUCCACCGAGAGUUCCAAGAGAAAGAAGGAAGAAAUUCUCGCGAAUUUCUCAUAGCGGAUAGCAAUCCGAGAAGGAAGGAGAAAGAAAUCUCUCAGCUCGAUCGAAAUCCAAGGAGAAAGGAUUGAAUCCGAAGAAGAUCUCUCUCGCAGCUUAUCUCCUCUCGCGAUAGAUCAAGCAAUGUGGGUUACCAAAGUUCUUCCAGUCGCUCUUCUCUUCCUCCAAUUUCUCCUCCUCCCGGAGCUUCUCCCAAUCGCGAGCGCCCAGAUCGACACCACCGAGUACGCGGCGCUGCGCGUGAUCCGGAACGCCCUGGACGAUCUCCCGGGCUCCACAUUCUUCGCGACCUGGGAUUUCACGCUAGAUCCUUGCUCCUCGUUUCGCGGGGUCGUGUGUUCUUCCGGGGAUCACGCUGGCGAUUCCACGCAGCACGUCGUGAUGCUCAGCAUGGGCAGUGGCUUCGCGGGCUCUCCAGGUCUCUCCGGCCACCUCAGCCCGGCGCUGGGCAGCCUCCCAUACCUCCGGAUCCUCACGCUCGUCCCGGGUAGCGUCCGUGGUUCCAUCCCACCCCAGAUUGGCGCCCUCUCUCGCCUGGAAUUCCUAGGGAUCUCCAAGAACGGCCUCUCCGGAUCCAUCCCAGAGAGCUUCAAGAGCCUGGCAUCGCUCCGAGGGCUGGAUCUCAGCAACAACAAGCUCACCGGAUCCAUCCCGGCCUCCAUCUUCGCGCUGCCAUCGCUGGCCACGCUCAUCCUCUCCUCCAACGAUCUCUCGGGCUCCCUCCCGGGCGCCAUCGCCGCGCCGCUCCAGCGAUUGAGCGCCGACCGCAACCGGAUCUCUGGAAACCUACCCUCGGCGCUGCCCGCCGCCACUCUCGCCCACCUCGAUCUCUCCUGGAACGCGCUCGAGGGAUCCAUCGCCUCCACGGCGCUGCUGGGCCAGAUCGCCUUCCUGGACCUCAGCUCCAAUCGCCUCUCGGGCGCCAUCCCGAGCUCGCUGCUCACGCUGCCCGAGCUCGCGGAGCUCCUCCUCCAGCGCAAUCUCCUGGGCGGGAGCGUGGAUCCCCAGGGCCCCGUGAGGAUAACGCGCCUGGAUCUCAGCCACAAUGCGCUCACUGGAUCGCUAUCGCCAUUCCUGGCCACUGUCAAGAGCUUACUCCUCAACAACAACAAGCUCUCGGGUGGAGUCCCACGGGAGCUCAUCCAGGGAUUGGCCGCCGGCGACGUGGAGAACCUCUACCUCCAGCACAAUUUCCUCUCGGCGAUCCAGGCGAUGGAGGUGAUGCCCCAGCUCUUGCCCGCGAGCUCGGUGUUUUGCAUCCAGUACAAUUGCUUGGAACCGCCCGCGCAAUCGUCGUGCCCGGCGAGUACCGGCAAGGAGCCCAGUCGCCCCGGCUUCCAGUGCGACGAUCUAGACGGGGAUUGGGACUGAUCGAUUCGAUCGAUCGAUCGAUCGAUUGUUACUGGAUUUUGGAUUGGAUGAUUUCUUGUGGAUAAAAUUCAUUACGCCAAUAACUCAAGAACCCUAAAAGGCAAAAAGGACUUUCUUGGAAGAACCCUAAAAACAGAGGAUUGGAAUUCAUUGUCAAUUCGAUUGGAUUGAAUCCGUUUCUAGCAAUGGAUCAGUAAGUGGUCAUUUCCUUCUCUUGCCUCCCUGUUCUAGCAAUGCAAAAUUUGUUUUUGCC